CGAAGUCAGCCGUAUCCAGAGAACUAUUCUCAGUUGGUUGAUCGGCAUUGUCUUGGAAUUACGUUCUUAUGUUUGGAAUUUCGGGAAUACCAAACGCGCUAGGUACAAAAGUGCUUUCAGGCCAACGACAGAAAAAUAAGUGGAUUGUGGUUUAGUUUACGGACACAAAGCGUAAAACUUUUAGAACUGGUAUUCCAAGUAUACACGUUCAUCAGGCUUGUGGUAAACUAAUACUUAGAAAUCAGAACAGAUAAAGGCUUGCCAACAUUGGUCAGCUUGGGAAAAAUCGAUACGCUCAUUGAUAAUAUACGAGUUUCAACAGGCUGAGCACCAAACCUCUUUGGCAACGAAAAGUGGAAAUAAUGAAGUUAAUUAUAAAGUAAGAUAUAUCUUUAAAGCUCUAUGACAGUGAUGUGCAAUAUAUUAAAAGAAGCCUGAUACCACCGUUGAUAAAUUUAUUAAAGACGAAGAAAACUGUUCGCCACACGAAGCCUGUACGUGCCAAUUUGCCAUCAAUGUGUAAGAAUGGCGUAUAAGACAAGGGUUUGGUCUUUAACAUGAAGGUAAAAGAAAAGUGGACCUGAAAAAUAAGAUGGAAAAUAUGAAUGGCAAAAGGAAAAGCAAUGCUCAUGAUAAUAAUUAAUGUGAUAACAAAUGUGUCAUGGCAACAGCCGGAAGAAAAUGAUGUUCAGCGGAUAAAUGAUAAUUAAAAUACAUCUAUCUGAAACUAAACUGUUUAUUCGAACCGAUCACAAGUGUAUGCCUUUUCAUCGUUUAAAAAGAAACAAUCACACCAUUUGCAAAGCAUUUCAAGAAAACAGAAUAUAACAUUGGUCAGAUGAAGUGGUGAUCAAUGGGAGCCUAAUGACUGAUGUUACUUGUCUCACGUUUAAUCAAGUCACCCUACCGGGACAACUGAAAUUUAGAGGACCUACCUACAUACAUUGUGGUUUGUAGUGAGUGACAAAUGUCAGUUUUAAGGCUGUGUUAUCCUCUUUCGGAAAAAGGUUGUAGCCGGUUAAACUGUUGUAUCUUGCUGAACGUAUCAGUGACAUCUGUUUCGUUUCAACAGAAGUCAUAUCUUAUUGACUUAGUUAACAUAAAAGGCAAUGGAAAAAUGAAUCUAAAAUACUUCAUUAACAUAUAGGAAUCAAACUACUCUCUAUCCGCAAUACUGCUUGCACAUGAGCGUGGGGAUCUUAUACGCAGUGUCGUAAGCGUGAACUCAUUAAACACUGCAAAUCGGAUUGGACAAGAUUACAUUUAUCAACACGAAGACUUAGUAUGUCACUAGAGAUGGAACCAGAUACUGUGUUUAUUUCAUCAGCCGUGACCUUCAGCAAUGAAACGGGAACUAAUAUCACAACGCUCACAUCACCUGAGCAAAUGCCGCCUAUGAUGCCUCCACAACCACCAACUGAUCCAUUACUUGAAUUCAAAAAAUAUGCGUUAAUCAUAACCAACAUUAUAGGAAUACUAGGCAAUUUUUUAGUGUUCUAUGUCUUUACACGAACAAAACUCAAACGCCCUUCAACAUCAAGAUACCUAGCAGCGACUGCCAUCGCUGAUUCAGGGUACCUGAUGACGGUCAUGUUAGUAAGCAUGACACAACACAACAAUAUGCGGAUACAAAAUCGUGUUGGAAUGUGUCAACUUGUGCAAUUUGGACAACAUGCAUUUCCAUUUUUGAUUCGCUGGUACCUUACUGCAGUUGUUGUUGAUAAAUAUAUUGGUGUAAUGUGGCCGAGAAAGAAAUCGAAAAUGUGCACAGUAUUUAGGGCAAAAUGUGUGAUAAUCUCUUUAGCAAUUAUGGCAAUAGUGUGUUAUCUAUAUGUGACUUGGUUUUUUGUAUCAUACGACAUUGAGCCUCCUGUUUGUAGCAUAAACUGGGCAGAUAAAAGGGUCAAAGAUUCGUGGACUAUCCUGACUAGAAUGGAUGCCAUUGUUAAUUUUGUGUUUCCGUAUAUAAUAAUGUUUUCACUGACGUGCCUUAUUGCGUAUAGAAGUUGGCAGUACCAUCAACACUCCAUGUCGGCAGGUGAAAGGUUUCUACGGCGACGCCGAGUGACAACGCCGGAGGACAAGGAAUUUAAAACAACGCCACUAUUGAUACUUCUAGUGUCAUUUUCGUUGCUGCUGUGUAUUCCAAAUAGUACAAGCCGUCUACGUGAGCUUUCAUCGUCAGACUUCCGGCCACAAAUCACAGAAACAACCCUGAUGAUAAAUGGGUUGUUCUUUUACUUUGAGGUCCUAAAUAGCGCAAUAAGGAUUUUCAUUUACAUUCUGGCAUCAAACAGUUUCACUCGGCAAUUAGGCAAAAUAUUGUUCUGUACACAUAGGUGUAAAAAGAAGAAAUCAGACAAUCGCGAGCUUCAAUCAUGCCAUCAGACGAGCAUCGACGGCAACACGUCCAAUGUUAAGACGGUUGGAACUUCAACUGAGGGAAUAGUCUAAUCGCUGAAACAAUUGUUCACAUGGUGGUUCUUAGAUAUUGCAAAACAAACAGUUAAAUAGCAUGUGUCUAAACCUCAUAUUACAUUUUGAUAGCUUAUUUUGUGCAAGGCUGUAUAAUGAGUAAUCAAGUACAAAAUGUAUACUCAUACUGCCAGAAUCUGUUUCACUUUGAAACUCAUGUUUUUGUUUAAAACACUUACAAAUAUA